UCAGAAGCUCAUCGCUCUCCAGCAGCACUGGUCUGGAGGUUUUUGACAGCAGAUGGAGCCACAGUGUUACGUGCCUAUUAUUUUAAUUGACACAAAGUCCUCACAGCGGGGGAACAAAGUUAGGACUGUUGGCUAAGUUUUACGGAGCCGGGCGCGGAUUGGCUGCGGCGUGCGCCCAAUGGGAGUCAGUCAGUGCGCGAAAACAAUAGUCCUGAAGGUCCGCGUGAAGUCAAGGCUAUUUUUGGUGGGACCCGCCUCGCUGGCUAUUUCUGUCAGCAGGAGAGCUGAGCAGAGAGGAGCGGAGCUGAGCUGAGCUGAGCUGAGGGGAGGGGGCAGGACCGGAGGGGCCGGACUUUUUUUCUUUCUUUUUUUUUUUUCUUUCCCGCAACUUGCCUCCGAUAAGACUCUCUUCUUUCCCUCCGCCUCCUCUGUACUGUGCAGCGCUGACAACACCAGCGGCGCCCACCAUCACCUCCCGUCGGGUCCUCGCUCCGCUGGACGCCCGGGGAUUUGUUUAGCUGGAUUAUUUUCACACGUUUGGACUGUCUCGAGAGGCUUCCCCCCCCUGUUUUUCCCUUUCUUUUUAGGUGUUAACCGGUUGUGUCUGACAAGAUGGAAUCAGCACUGGUAACAUCAUAAAGACAGAGAGGAAGGACGACAUAUUUCACACAGUGGCAGAUUCCUCUGUGGCAGUUCCGGUGUCGUGCGCAGCCUUGUUUCCCAUGGACCUCAGGGUGGGAGAGCGGGGCAUGCGCCCUGGUUCGGACACGGCACUCCUCACCCCGCUGCACCCGCCAUUACUCCUCUCACCGUUCUCCCCUCAACCUCGCACCUCCUUCUCCCAACAGCAGCUGCAUCAGCACAUCCGGUUUAAUAUGGAGCAGAGGAGGCGAGAGCAGGAGCACCAUGAGAAACAGCAGGAGCUGCAGCAGCUAAAACACAAAGACAAGAGUCAACAGAGUGCGGUAGCCAGUUCCCUGGUAAAACAGAAACUCCAGGAGGUGAUUCUUAAGAAGCAGAAACAGGCUGCGUUGGAAAGAACAAACUCCAACACUCUGACUGCAGCUCCUGUAGCAUACAGAAAGCUGGGCCCUGACCCCAGUUUAUCUUCCCAGCCUCUGGUCUCACCACCAUCACAGCCUUCCUCUGAUGGUUCAGAAGGGACGCCGCUUCGUAGAGCAGCAUCUGAGCCCAAUCUGAAGGUGAAACACAAGCUAAAGAAACACCUGAACACCCGCAAGAGCCCACUCACCCGCAAAGAGAGUGCCCCACCUACUAUCAGACACAGAGUACCUGACACACUGGACUCGUCCCCCAGCAGCAGUAGCACUCCGGUCUCUGGCUGUAGUUCUCCUAAUGACAGCCUGCCCAAUGAGAAUGGGCUACUGCCAUCUGCAGGAGGCCUCUCACAUGAGGCCCAGAAACUGCUGCUCAGAGAUGGCACUCUAGCUAACUUCACCAUCCAGAGUCCGUCCACUCUGCCCACUAUCACACUGGGACUACCAGCCAACGCAAGGGCUGAAGGAGAGCUGUCCUCGCUGAAAGUUGGCCGGGUGCCUGUGGUCACAGCCGGAGGCUCGUCGGUCUUCCUCCCCCUGAGCAGAGAGGAUCAGGCUGGGCAGCUGAAUCCUCACCUGCCUGUCAUCAUCCUGGAGCCCUCUGGACUGGUACACGCUCCACUACUUACUGUUCCAGGUCUAGACUCAGUUCCACUACAGUUUGCCCCCCAGUUAGAACACCUGACACCUGGAGGCGCUCAGACCCACAAACCCCUGAGCAGAACACGCUCAGAGCCCCUCCCCCAGAGCCAGCGGACCCUUCACACACAUCUCCUCCAACAACAGCACAACACACAACUACUGGAGAGGCUCAAACAGCAAACCCACCUGGGCAAGCUGAUGUCUAAGUCCAGUGAGAAGCCCAGACUGCAUCAGAUUCCCUCUGAGGAUAUGGACUCAGAGGAUGGUGGCGGAACGUCGCCCACAGAGCUAACCUAUCAGAGCAGAGUGAGGGCAGAGUCACUAAGGGAGGCGGAGCCAACAGCAUCCAAAAGCCAGGAAGACCAAAUGAACCUGCAACAUGCACUCAUACUCAACCAGUCAUUGCUAUGGGAACAGCAGAAACAGCUGCAGCAGCUGCAUCGACAGAUGGAGACGCUGGCAGUACCCAUGUUGCGUGGUAGCGGCGGGGUUGGUAGCGGGUUGGGUGUCCAUCGCCCCCUGUCGCGCACACAGUCAUCCCCGGCCUCCACCUCUCUCACUCUGCCUGAGAAACCUCUGAGCUUGACCCCACAGGAUACAAGCAGCAAACCACGCUUCACCACUGGCCUGGUGUAUGAUUCUCAGAUGCUGAAGCACCAGUGUACAUGUGGAGACAACAGCAGUCACCCAGAGCAUGCUGGGAGGAUACAGAGCAUCUGGUCCAGACUACAGGAGAGAGGCCUGAGGGGACAGUGUGAGAGUAUUCGAGGUCGUAAAGCCACACUGGAGGAGCUGCAGUCAGUCCACACAGAGCGUCAUGUGUUGCUCUACGGCACCAACCCACUCAACAGACUGAAACUGGAUAACCGCAAACUGGCUGGAAUCCUCUCUCAAAGGAUGUUUGUGAUGUUACCAUGUGGGGGUGUAGGGGUUGAUAACGAUACAACCUGGAAUGAGUCGCACACAUCUACGGCAUCACGCAUGGCAGCAGGAAGCGUUGUAGAGCUGGCCUUCAGAGUGGCCAAAGGAGAGCUAAAGAAUGGCUUCGCUGUAGUCAGACCGCCAGGGCAUCACGCAGACCCCUCCAAUCCAAUGGGUUUCUGUUACUUCAAUUCUGUGGCCAUCGCUGCUAAGCAGCUCCAACACAAGCUCAGUGUCAGCAAGAUCCUCAUCGUUGACUGGGAUGUCCACCAUGGCAACGGCACCCAGGAAGUGUUUUACAGUGACCCUAGCAUCCUCUACAUCUCUCUUCAUCGCUAUGACGAUGGAAAUUUCUUCCCUGGCAGUGGGUCUCCAGCUGAGGUUGGUUCUGGAGCAGGUGAGGGCUUCAAUGUGAAUGUGGCCUGGACAGGAGGACUGGACCCACCAAUGGGAGAUGCUGAGUACCUCGCUGCAUUCAGGUCUGUGGUGAUGCCCAUCGCCCAGGAGUUCUCUCCGGACGUCGUCCUGGUGUCGGCUGGGUUUGAUGCCGCCGAGGGAAACCCAGCUCCUCUGGGAGGGUACAAGGUCUCCGCCAAAUGUUUCAGCUUCCUGACCCGCCAGCUGAUGUCUCUAGCAGGAGGUCGUGUGGUUUUGGCCCUUGAGGGAGGUCACGACCUUACAGCUAUCUGUGAUGCUUCUGAAGCCUGUGUCAGUGCACUCCUGGGCAUACAGGACCCACUGUCAGAAGAAGUUCUGCUCCAGAAGCCCAACGCUAACGCAGUCCGCUCCCUGCAGACUGUCAUACAGUUACAAAGUCAGUACUGGCAGAGUUUGAAGGCCUACAGCGGAUCAGUGGGUCUGUCCUACCUAGCUGCUCAGAGAAGAGACUGCGAGGAAACAGAUGCUGUCAAUGCUUUGGCCUCUCUCUCUGUGGGAGUUCUUUCCAACAAGAGCAUCCCCGAUGAGCCAAUGGAGCAUGACAGUGACUCCAUGUAGAAGGAUCUGACCAAUCACCUCACAGAACUCGCUAUCAGGAUUUGGGCUGCACCUGAAAAGCCUCAGAUCUCCUGCGCUGUCACAUGACCAAUGAAGGGGACGUGUUUGUAAUGCCACUGAGCCCCGCCCAUCUGCCUUACACACACACACACACACACACAUGCACAUCCAGCGACACACCAUGCUGAACCUCCUCAGACCUGCCGCAUGUGCACCUCAAGGCUGGCCACCACUCAGCUGAAGCCAGCAGCACUACCUGCAACUGAGAAACCUUCUGAAACCUCACCAAAGAGCAAUACCAGAAGAUUUGUAAUCGACUUUUCAUGUCUGCUGACUGACAGUGGAUUUUGUGUGUGUUGUUGGAGGUCCAGUACCACAGCUCUGUGACCACAAACCUUAAAAGAACAGACAGAAUUCAGAGUGCCGCUCUGAUUCUUCUCGAAGCACUAUGUACCAGCAGCUGUUUUGUUGCCUUAACUUUGCCUUAAUGUAACGACCAACAUCAGGUUUCGGAUGGAGACUUUGGAUUAUAAAUUCCUUUCUCUUCUGCCACUUUGAAGCAAAAGUAGACCAAAUGGGAUGCAAAUGGCAGAAUGAGCCGAUGACAUCAGGUGAAAGCAUAUUUAUGCAUACAGCUGACGGAUAAAAUGCAAAAAUUUCAACAAGAGGAAGUGGCCACAACACAGAGAGGAAGAAUAUGGAGAGUGUCUGUUUUAAUGAUGUCAUUACACACAGUUUAACCACUAGAGAAGACAACAAAGAACUGGAGAGAGAAAGAGAAAAUGAAGACACAAAAUGGACAACUGUGGGUUUGUAGAAACAAAGAAGAGGCAAAUGGCCUUGUUGUUUUAUUGCACUGUUCAUUCCAUAAUGUGAACCAUAACAAAUUCCAAAGCUCUGGGAAAAAAAAAAAAAAAAAAUCCAACUCCUCUCUGUAGGUUAUUUAAUAGUUUUUUGAUGAUCUGGAUGAUGUUUCUUAUUCGUUUCCCACUCUUCUUCUGAGAUGUCUUAUGAAGUCUCUGACUCACUAUAAGGACACGCGUCGGCCGAAAUAUUGACGAGUCAGAUUUCCUAUGAAGUUAAUCUGCAAAGUAGGCAAGAAUUUAAAAGCAGGAUUUUUUUCACUGCUGUUCAGUGUCUUAAAUGCACACACGUACACAUACACAUACUUAUACACACAUGUACAAAGCAAUGAUGAACUUUUGAUGUACCACUAGUAUUGAAUACUGUAUCAUAUUGUUUAUAUUAGAGACUAAAGGAGCGUUCAUUCCACCGUGGCACCACUGAGGACCAUUGUAUUGUUCUUAUAGUAGCAAUAAUGUUAAUGCACUUGAUGGACAUCACCCAAAGAAAACUGCCUUAAAUUAGCCUGCACUUGGCAACAGUAUGGAAGCAACACAAGGGACCAGUAUGGAUACUGCUCUUUACAGCGACGCUACUUUGAGAAAACGCCGUUUGAACCUGUGGAUUUUAGGUUCACAUCAUAUAUGCAGACUUUUGUAUACUGUUUGUUUUGAUGGUGUGUACAGUGACCUGGCUUGGUUUGGAUGCUGUUUUUAUGAGUCACAGGCUUUAUCACAAUCUAAUUAAGAAAAACUAAGGUAUUGUCUUUUGUGAACUUGAGUGUUUUUCCGCAGUAGCAGCUCUUCUUGUCACGUUGCAGUCGAACUAGACAGUGCCACGCUAAACUUGUCAGUCCAUCAUCCGAGCUGAUGUUUGAAGUCGAGGUCAUGUUGCUCGUUCAUUUAAAGAAUUUCCUGACCGCCCUGUUACACGAGCACGAAAGGGUUCUGCAUUCCAGAGGGGGAAAAAAAAAAAUAACAGGAUCGUGUUUCUUAGUUUGGAGGUGUAGCAAAAUACAGCUAGUGGAUGUGCGUUUUUCAUGCACAUGAGGUUUGAUCUGUUUAGACUUUUGAUGACCAAUACUAAUGUUUUUGUUUUUUUUUAGUAAAGCUGCAGAUAGUCAAUGUAAAUGUUUAAAUUUGCGGCCAGACUUAUUUUAUUUAGGGUGUUAAAGCUACUUAAAAGCACUAGACACUAAAACGGAGGCUAAUGAAAUUCAGAUUGGACUAGUUAGCUGCUUUUACAUGGCUGUGUCUGAGAAUUGUGGCUUGAGAGCUUUCCUCUGAGAAUUUACAUCCAUGAUUGGAUUUAAAGCAGCACAAUCAGAUUAUUCAGCUCGUCUGAGCAGCGAUUUGAUAAAAGAGUGACACUUAAUAUUGCAGCAUUUGUAAAAUCUAGAUUAACACAAUCUGCACAGUGAGUUAAUAUGACCAACGGAAGGAAGUAUUUUCAGUCCAGCAUUCAGGUAGGAAAGUGUUCGAGUGCUGAGUUUGCUUUAGUCAGACCCUGGGCAUCAUCUGCCCAACAGAAGGCCUCUGAGCUUUGAUAAUAAACAAAAGUGAAGAUUUUGCCAUCGCAUCGCUGUUGCCCUACUGCUUCACCCCAGUAGGAAACUAUUAAAUACGUGUUCCAUAAUUGGUGCAACUGUAAAGCAUGUCAUUGAUUUAGUGUUGUUCAUAGUGUUCUUAACAGCAAGUGACGGCAUUUAAACAAUGCUGUGUCUCUCUUAUACACCGUGCCCAGCGAGUGCAUGCGGUGCCUAUGAAGUAAAUGUUAUCCGAGUAUACGUGUGAGUGUGAGAGGGAGAAUGUUAGUGAUUGCAUGUGCUUCGUUAAUGCAUCUGUACGUGUUAGAGUGCGUGUGUUUGUCCGUCAGAUACUGUAAAUGACCUCUCCUGUAUUAUAUUCCCAGUGGCUGUUUUUUUUUUGUUAGUCUUAUGUAGAGGCCAGUACUGCCUCAACUCUUAAUUCCCUUUAUUACUGAUGUCAUUUGUACCUUCUUCUUAAAGAAAGACACUGUAAAUAGAAACUCCAAGACCAAAAUACACAUGACACACAUGUGCCUUGACACAUUCAGUAGUAUGUGUAUUGGUAACGCUUAACUAACUGGAUUUACAGUAACUCUGUAUCUAUAAACAUGACAUUGAAAUCUUUGUUUCAUGCUAUUCUUUAUUAUUUACCUACAUGUGUUAUCACAUUUUCCUACCAUGUGUCUGUAUAGAAAGAUUGUCUAUUUUGUACUGUUAUUUUUGUCUUUUCCUCUUGAUUAAAGAAAUAAUUUCCAAGUAAAAGA